UCGUGCAUGCCGGACAACAGUGACAGAGAAAGAAUCAAAUGGCGGCGUUAUUUUAGUUUCGUUAGAAAUUCCUAUUUCUUAACGUUCGCCGCCAUCGAAUUCAGUUUUAUUUAGCCUGUUUACAUCCACGAGUUGUAACUUUUCGUCGCGGUGACUGUGAUUUUCGCUGGAUCCGAGAAUUACGGGAGAAACGAGCGAUCGUGGACAGCAUAACCUAACAUAGUCGUAGAGCGUUUGUGUUUAACCACGGUUCCAAAGGAUGGCAAUGAACGAAGACUUCAGCUUCGCCGAAUUGUGCAGACUUUGCUCAUUGAAGAGUAAUCAUCAGCUUCAGAUCUUCGACAAAGAAGGCGAACAACGGCAGCUACUUUUCAAAAUACGUUCCUGCAUUCCUGCUGUGAUAACUAAAGAGGAUGCACUUCCAAAAAAUAUUUGCCAGAGAUGCGUGUAUAAAUUGGACAUGUUUUACGAGUUUCGUGUGAGCUGCAUGACUACAGACACGGUGUUAAAAAAUUACGCGGACAGUUUGAAGCAUCUCGCCGCAUCUGUGAACCAGGGCACGGACAAGGACAAGAUGUCUAAUGGUAGCCAGCAGCAACUGCAGCGAUCGGCUUACGUGGAAGCACACGCGGUGGCUCACGCCGCUGUGCAGCAACACAUGGCACAACAAGCUGCACAAGCGAGGCUCGCCGGACCUGGUCCACCUGCGACACCUCAAGCUCCUAAUCCCACGUUUACUUUGCCCGACGAUGGCCUCGGCUACGACGACGGUGUCCGCGUGCUUCGCUCAAUUGGAACGUGGUCCCCGGAUUAUUCCGCGGCGAUGCGUCCCGGUGGUGUAAUGCCCCCAUUUCCCGGUGCGAUGGAUCAGCAAUUUGGUAGCAGAGCACCGACGGUAAAUCAACCGUUGAGAACGACGAACAAUGUACCCUCUCGACCAGGAUUUGCGUCUAAAGCUACCAAUACGGGUGAACCCGCGACAAAGGCGUUCGCUUGCACCGUCUGCGGUAAAGGCCUUGCCCGUAAGGACAAACUCGUUAUUCACAUGCGUAUCCAUACCGGGGAGAAACCAUAUUCCUGCGAGGUCUGCGGAAAAGCGUUUGCGCGCAGAGAUAAGCUAGUUAUUCACAUGAACAAACUUAGACAUAGACCAGGAGUAGCUCCGCUGUCUACACCCACUGCUCCGAAUUCAGAUCAACAGCAGCAACAAGCACAGCAGCAGCAACAGCAAGCUCAGCAGCAGCAGCAACAGCAGCAGCAGCAGCAGCAGCAGCAGCAAGCUCAGCAACAACAACAGCAACAAUCUCGACAAGAUACUAUACACAAAUUGAAAGAGGAGCCGGUUAGUUGGGCGUGCGAAUUGUGCGGUCGAGCAUUGGCUACGAGAGAGGAGUGGAUGCAACAUGCUCGAUCACAUUUGGAAGCGUCCGCUCCACCGCAGCACGCAGCUCCUUAUUUCCCAGGAUCAACGGCGCCACCGCAACCGUACGCCUCCGAGAGGCAUUUCUGUCUGAUGUGCCGUACAGAUUUCACGGACAAGGCUGAAUUUAUGUUCCAUGUGCGCUCUCAUUUCGAACCUCACGUGCAGCAAACUCCGCCCCAACAUUCGAGUGGUAAACAAGCCGGGGAUCCUGCAACGGCUGAACUCAUUGCACGCGGGCUGGUCGAUCCGUCAGGAUUAUGCAGCUAGAAUUAUCCUUCCUGUCAAUAUGUACCAUCGAUUCGUGUCUUACCAUAGUACAAGUUCUCCACUCCAUUUUGACCAGGACUUUUGCAUAGGAUUGUCAUGCAUAUUGUGAUUGUAAUGAAUAUGUACUGAUUUAUUGAUAAGCGAUGCACAGUAGUACAUUCGUGUACAAAAAUAUCGAUGCAGGAGCAGUCGUUUAUUUCGCCGUACAGAGGAAUAUUCGUUGCAGCUUUCAGACAUCGUCGAUGUAUCAUUUUCGGCGCCGAUUCGAUACUUGGAUCGGCUGUUGAGGAAUCGAUAGACACAAUGUGCUCGCACCGCCUUUAGAAACGGACAGAGAACAAUAUUUUUCGCGUUACGCAACAUAUCAGCAAAAUGGGAAUCUCGAACAAUCGUAGAGGUACUACUGUGUAUCCCGUAUGUAUGUAUAUGAAUUAAGGCAUACGUUACUCGUAAAAUAUUUAAGUAUGGACGCGAUACUGACUUAAGGUAAGAGAUUCCACUAUUGCGUCGGUAUUUAAAUGUGACUACUUAAUAGUAUACGUUCCUACAUAGCUAGCUUUCCGCCAUCUUUAACCAUUAGCAGUAUCCGCUAUUCGAUGUACAAGUUUGUUCUCAAUGCUAUUGUAUUUUUUUACACUUAUAUUUUUGUAUACGUACGUUCCAUGGUCUAGAGAAUUCACCGUUUCGAAGCAAUAGUUUCUAAAAUUGAUAAGCACCGUGAAACAUCGGAACGCGUUACGCAAAACUAGCUGAUAAAAACCCUAUUUGGAUAAGAAGUUCGUUUAAAAUAGAAGUAUACGAAUAUUUUCUAUCGUUAAAACCAUUUAUUGGAUGAUUAUACAGCUGCAUAUAAAGCAUCUUAAAGUUAAGGGUCUAUUUCGAUCAUGUGAUUCUUUUCCUUUAUUUCUUCUCUUCUUUUUCUAAGUUAAGCUCGAUGAUUCUUCAGAGGCAACGUAUUAUCAGCCGCAUUCUCAAUUUAUGGUACCAAACGUGUAGUUUUUGCUGUGGUGUAGCGUAAGUGUUGACAAUAUUACCGACCCAAGCAUCCCAGAUGUUUAUGUUAAUCUAUUUUAGAGCGAGUAGUUCCUUUUUAAAAUUGACGUUUUCCUUACAGUACGCUGGAAAUCUCGUUUACUGUUACGAGCAUCCCUGGUACGUAAAGUAUCGCUACGCACUUAAACCAGGGAACGGUAAGACUCGAUUUGUACUGCAUAUACGACAGAAGUUCAUCUUGUCGUAAGUAGUAAAAAAUAAACUAUCAAGAUAUAAUCUGUGUACUUACAGACGUAAGUGCACAACAUUCUUUAUCAUUUUUCAGAAUUUUUUUCUCCUAUUGUCGUACAGUCGAUAGGAGAUACCGAUACGAAUCGAAUUACAACAGUAACGAAUCACGUAUAUUUUGAUUGAACGUUAAUCAAACUUUAGGAGACAAUAAUAAUCGUACGUUUAUUUUAUUCUUCUAACGUAACGAUUACGUUAUACUGAUUAUCGAGUCCUUACUUCGUCGAAUGUUCCGCGAGCGACACUGCAUUGUGAACAAACUGUCUCUUCCAGUAUCUUCGUAGAAUUCGCUUUUACGGCUCUUACAACUUUUCUUCUUUAGACUAGAAUUAUAGAUAGUCAGCGCGAGAUCGUGUCGCAAAAACUGCCGUGCCUCCUGCCUCACGUACCACCCACUUCCGGCUUCUGUUUGAUCCAAACUAUUUCCGGGACAACUGUGCCUAAAAGGGUAUACUUCAAAAGCUAAGCCUACCGUUAGGUAUAUAUUUUGUAUAAUUAUAACUAGUGCAAUAUAGAAUUAAUCGACAAUAGUUGCGAUUGUUACGAGAGGGGAGGAAAAAGAUAUGAAGCAAAAAGAAAGGAAAUAAAAAGAUAGAAGUCUGCGCGGGUAAUCUUGAGAGAGAAAAUGUUUGGGCGCUUGCGCGGCUAGGAUGCGUAAGAGUAGUAUCGUUCGUAGCGACCUAAGUAAUCGGAUGUUAAGAAAAAGAAAGAAAAAAAAAUAGAAAAGGAAAAGAUAAAAAAUGCCGGCCUUUCCUAUACAGUUACGAAAAAACGUUUUUACGUAAGUAGUUGUACUUAGAAUAACGAAAUGCUGAACGAAGACUUACGCCUCGAGGUCUACUCUAGACAGUGAUCACUUGUUUUCUUCGUCACGGGUAAUUUGACAUGCAGUGCAAUCGAUAACAAACCAAUUCCUUGAGAAAGAAUAAUUUAAAAUCGUGGAAUACAAUUGUUUCUUCGUGGAGUUUUAUUUUUUAGAAAAUCGAGUGGAAAAGUUGAUAGGUUGCAUUCAAUUUGUUGCUUCGAUCGCUUCUGUUUGGAAAAAUUGCUGAUGGUAUACUUGGAAAAUAUACAACUGGUGUUUUUACCUAGGAUUAUUUACCAGUCCAAUAAUUUCCGAUUUUUAUUGUUCUACGAAUCUGUAUUAGUUUUGCGUCACUCGUACAUAUAUAUUGAUGGUGAUGCUAUCGUAUUCAUUAGUAUUGAUAACAUUGCUAAUUUAGUAGAGUAAAUGGGCAGCAAGUUAUAUUUUAUUCAUUAUUUACAGUCCAAACAAAAAUCUUUUAAGUCUUAACGAUGGCUACCUCUCUUAGCCUUUUGAGUUUUCUGCCACACACAUACACGAUAUAUAUAUUAAAUUAUAUAAUAUACAUAUAUAAUUUUAAUAUAUGUAUUCGUUAUUUGUAAGAAUUUUAACAACUAUUUUUAAUGAAUUCUAAAUACAAAUAAAUGAUUUUACAAAGCAGUUUAAUAACUAUUCAUCUUCUUCAUCAAAGAAGAAAUUAGAUGAAAUUUUAGUUUUCUGCGUAUUUUAAGAAAUUAUAGUCAAAUAGAUUUUUGUCAUUCUAGAUUUUUCGUCUUAUUUUGGACAGAAUCGUCUUCUCAAAGAAUGCCUAUUUGAAAAUGAACGCCCUAUAUGUUGGCCAAAGUGUAAUUACGUACUUUCACAAUUUAUGAAAACCCAUUUUCUUAAGAAUGAAAUUUCACAUAAACUAAUUACAUUUCACACUUUCCUCUUGUUUCUUCGCGAGGAAUUCCACUCUUUCCGGUUAUGUCAGAUUACGCAUUCUCCAUACGUACAGAAGAUAUUCACUUUCUAAUGUUCGGUUGUCGUGACCGAUAAAGAAUCAACGGUAUUUAAUUGCCGACAUGUAAUUAAAUACUAUCAAACACGGAGGUGCAAUUAAAAUUACUCGCAUGCCAAGCUAAAUCACUUUUUCGCGAAGACCGAGCAUCAGAAACUAAUCAGCGUGUGGUAAAAUCGUAAAAUUAUACGUUGGCGUCGCGUAAUAUAAAUUUUUCAACUGCGAUUGGCCUUCGAGGGUUUGGUAUGGUCUACGAUCUGAAUUUUCUUUCUCUUUUUGAAAGGAAUUUUGUACGAAACGCGACAUCGUAAAAUGGAAACGUAAUGAUUUAUGUCGUAGUACUUUGUACGAUCGAGGGUCGAAUACUACAUGUAUUUAAUAGACGUAUAGUGCCUUUUCUCCGGGAUUUAUCUGACUUCGCUUUGAUCGUAUGAAAUUGAACGUGUCGGGGAGGCACAUUGGCAUAGAAAUUGUUUCACUACGAUAAGUUAGAUUAUAGGCAGGAUGAGAUUUGUUUGUCUCGUAUUUUUCCUUUUUUUUUUCUUUUUAUGUCGUUUUUGUUGUGAGGAGUGAAUGGUCGACGCCCACUGCCUCUAAUAGCAGCUGUUUUAGACUACUUUUAUACUGUUGAUGUCACGUGCAGCUACUCAGAGUCGGUAUAUUACUGCCAUAACCAUGAAACGAAAUGUAUACCCAUAUACCUUUAUAAAUAAAACACGACUGAAAAAGUAAAA